UAGGGCAGAAUGCAUUUUGUAGGGGCCUGCAGGCUAAAUUGGGCUAGGACCUGUGAUAGCUGCAAAUGUGAGAGCAAAGGUAGAAUUACUAACAGACAAAGAAAGGCAUGAAAAUAUGGGGAGAUAGUUAAGUAAGAAAGUUAAAAAGAGGGAAGAAAAAAACAACCUUUAAAUGUCUUGAAAAGGAAGCCUAUCAGCUGAGAAUCUGAUAGGGGAACAAGUGCAACUUCCUUUUCAAUUGUUAGGUUCUCAUUUUUCUUUUAUGUCUCAAAAUCUUCCAUGGUGCCAGGGCUGAUUUCCUGGGCUAAAAAACUGAAGAUCUCUUUGGAGCAUUUCUGAGCUUCCAGGAAUUCUCAGGUCAUCGCCAGUGCUUCCAGUGUGCAGCACAGCCUUCUUUGAUGGGCAGAGAGUGAAUGAACAGAUGGGAAAGGCUCAGUAAUCUAUUUGUGCUACCCUCUGGAAACAAGGGGCUAAAAGGACCACCUUUUAUGUGGCAAAACUAAGAACAGGAUCACACUGAGAUUAAAUGGCGUCAGAAAUCACCUAUGCUGAGGUGAAGUUCAAAAAUGAAUCUCCGUCUCCAGUGGUCAAAGUACCUCCUGAGACAAAGAAGCCUGAGCACCAUCCCCAGAAAUACCCACUCUGGCUGCCAUGGUUGAUCUCACUGCUGCUCCUCUUGGUGUGCUUUGCCCUUGUUGUCGUCCUCCUCGUGGUUCCCUUCUGGCCCAGCAGUGAGCAGCCCACGGCCCUGCAGCAGCAGUUCUCGGAGUGGAAGUGCGACUCAGCGGUGCCACGAGGCACAGACCGAGGCUGGACGUGCUGCCCAAAGGGCUGGAAAAGGUUUCAGAGAAGCUGCUAUUUCCUGUCCCCUGAUAAGAUGAACUGGGCUGAGAGUGAGCAGAACUGCACUGGGAUGGGCUCCCAGCUGGUGGUGAUCAACAGCAAGGAAGAGCAGGUUUUCCUCAAGCAGCAGAUAAAACAGUCUCCACAAAGAGAGAAUUUCUACAUUGGUCUGUUUGAGGACAAGGCAGGCCAGUGGCAGUGGGUGGACAAGACUCCAUACAAUGUGACAGCAGCGUUCUGGCGAAAAGAAGAACCAAGUCCAGGCCCUGAGGAGAACUGCACUGUAAUGCAUGCACUUGAACCAACUGUCAACAACUGGAAUGAUGUCAGACCGGAUCUGCUGCAUCAUCGGAUUUGUGAAGCUGCAGCAGUAACUGUGUGAUGGAAAUAUCCCUGUCCUGAGUAAAGCUGGGAGCAGAGCAGUGAGCUGGGAACAGCACUGGCGGUGCUGGGAGGGAUGGAGAGAUCUAACACAUCUUCACUGUGCAGGCUGGGACCAUGUGUGUGUGCAAGUGAAAUGAGCUGAAAAGAGAUGGACCUCUCCAGGAGGAACACAAAGGAACAGAAUACACAUAUCCAGAGAUUUAAUGUCCUUUGUCUCCUUGAGUGGAGCUUUUUGCUUUUUCUUGAGUCAGACAAAAUGUCCCCUAGCUGUACUGGUUUUGCUGAACAAAUUCUGAAAUCUUACACAAGAGAAAAUACAGUAUCACACCAAUGAAGAAAGACUCUGUAUCU